GCCCCUGGCUCCACUGCAGCUGCUGUGAAGUCCCCCAGCAUAGAGGAGCCAGAGUACCAGACAGACCACCAUACCAGGACCAACCUGCCCGGACCACUGCCCUGAAACGCUCACUCCACUCGGGACAAAAUGAGGAGCUGUGUGGGUCUGGUGCUAGCUGCUGUGUGCGCUUUGGCUGCAAGCGGAGAUGUCAAGGAGCUAUUCAUCACCACCAUAAAGGAGGAGCCAUACGCCAUGAGCCGUGGCAGUGAGCUGGAGGGAUACUGCAUAGACCUGUUGACUGAGCUGGCCAAACGAGUGGGCUUCACCUACAAGAUCCACCUGGUGAAGGACGGGCGCUAUGGGGUCAUGGACCAGAGCGGCCAGUGGAACGGCAUGAUCGGAGAGGUCAUCCAGGGGGAGGCAGACCUGGCAGUGGCACCCCUCACCCUCACCUCAGUGCGUGAGCGGCACGUAGACAUGAGCACCCCAUUCCUUCAGACUGGCCUGGGCUUUAUCCUGAACAAGGACCUGGUGACCCACGAGAGCACACUCAGCCUGCUUGCACCCUUCUCCGCCGACAUGUGGGUGGGGCUGCUCAUUGCCUUCCUCCUCACUGGGCUCUCUAUCUUCCUCGUGUCCAGGAUGAGUCCGUCUGAGUGGGCGGAGCCAGAUAAGGAGCAGACUACCUUCACUCUGCUGCACAGUUUCUGGUACAUCACUGGAGCGCUCACUCUGCAGGGUGCUGGCCCUCACCCCAAAGCUGUAGCUGGACGUGUGAUCACUGCCAUCUGGUGGAUUUUUUCGGUACUGCUCCUGGCCUGUUACUUUGCCAAUUUCUACGCCAUGAUCCACACGGACAAAAAGCAAGCGUCCAUCAGAACCUUCAGCGAUCUGGCCAAUCAGGACCUGAUUGAGUACGGGGCAGUGGAGGGUGGAUCAACUUCACAGUUCUUCAAGACGUCCAAGAUCGCCCUGUACCAGCGCAUGUACGAGCAGAUGGAGAAGAAGCGGAGCUUUGUGGCAAACACGGGAGAGGGCGUGCGACGGGCUCAAGAAGGGAACUUUGCUUUCAUCGGGGAAGCCGUGUCCCUGGACCUGGCUGUGGCCCGGUAUUGCUCCCUCACGCGUUCUGAGGAAGUGGUGUCUGAGCGUGCCUACAGCAUCGCAGCACCUCGAGGCUUCCCUCUGAUAAAGAACCUGUCCAUUGCCAUCCUGGAGCUGAGUGAAUCUGGGACGCUGGCUUACCUGAGGAACAAGUGGUGGGCACGGAGCUGCAUGGGGGACCACGAGGGGGGUUCCCUGGAGGCACAUGACCUGAGGGGGCUGUUUGUUCUGCUGGGGCUGGGGCUCAGCCUAGGCGUCUUGCUGGCUCUGCUGGAGCUACUGUCCAAAGCCCAUCGCCAGGCCAAGGAUGACAAGAGGUCAUGCUGCUCUGUGCUAACGUCAGAGCUGGGCCGGCGCUUCGGGGGGGCAGCGGAGAUUGCGGAGGCGGAAUCUGAAAAGAGCAAAGCCUGAAGCUCCAACAGGUCGUGUGGGUCAUGCCCUUAACUUCCCUAUCAGUUUUCCUGUGUCUCUAUGUUAGUCUGUCUGUAGGCUGGGUUCACCUCUGUCAACAUUUGAGAUGGAAGAAUUUGGAAAGAAGGGUUUACAUGUUUAUUUUUAAAGAAAUAUCCGAAUAGUCAGAUUGUUAUUACUGAAACAUUAACCGUGAACCAGGUCAAAAUGUAAGCAGUAUGAAAAGGAAAAAUGUACCACAGAUUUCUGACUGUCCUCCAUCUCAUCUUUGAAACUCUUUAGACUCUUUAGAAUGUCAUGUCAUCUGUACCCAAAAUACAUGUCUCCACACAUCCUCAGUUCUGUAGGCAGAUUUAAUGUUACAUGUGUGCUAACUGUAGAAUAUUCUACUGUGUUUUAUUUUGCUUGUUUGUGUGAUAAACCUGAUGACUGUUUUGUGCUUUAUUCGUGAUUAAACCGGAGGAAACCACAUG